AGAAAAGGGUUAUUGUUUGUUUUAAUGUUUUUAUGAAUCGAGAUUUGAGACUUCAGAGUAGCAUUGUGAGCUGGUUCCUGGACCCACCUAUUAAGGGCCUCUGAUAAAUUUUUUUAUAAGGCCAAGGUUUGUCGAGCAUAUUUGUUCGACUGCCUGUUAAGCCCAAUUGUUAAUUUUUAUUGUGAUGUAUCUCUAUGUAUCCUUUAUGGGUCAGAUCUAUAAUUAGCUUAGGGUCCAGGCUUACUAACCUUAUAUUACAUUUUCACUGCACCCUGCCUUCGUAUUUUCUUGCUGUAAUUGUCUUGUUGGAUCGGUAUUUGCAAAUAAUGCUUCUUGUGAGUCAAAGGCCAAUUGGGUAUCACCUUUCCCUUCUGCAUUCAAAACUUACGUAAGAUGGACAAAAUCCAAUAUGCAUAUAACACAAUUCCUUCCACAUGGGAACUUAGUGGUUCCUGAACGUGUAGUAUCGUUGGAUUACUAACAAAUGAUUGAAAGUUUGAAACCCAUACGUUACCACUUCUAAAGGGAAGUAGUAUGGUACCAAUCUUGGAAUGGAGAUAAAAGGUCUGAGUCUGAAGCAAAGGAUAUGGGAUAUAUUCCAUGCUUUCGGCUCAGAGCACCAAAGCGUUCUCCUCACGCCCAUUGAAGUUUUCAUCUUCUAAUUAACCUGUCGAAAACCCUAUUUCUAAAUGCAUACAUUUUUUCAUCUUUUUAGACCCAUCUCUCUUUCCUGGUUGCAUAUGAUCUUUAGGGUUUAUUGAACAUUUACAGAAGCUGACGUAGAAUGUUUAUAAAAUUAUUUUGGACGGCCAAAGGGCCCGACAGUGCAGAGUAGCUAGCCUCUCAAUCUGCUCUAAGUUGAUGCCAAAAACAAUCCUUUUAACACCAUUCAACUUUGCGUAAGAACACAGCGAUGCCGAUUCUCAAUCCCAUUUACAAUGCUACCCUUUUUUCCUUUUUGAUUCAGUGCUAUACAUAGGCAAAAAGCACAAGGAUAUUAUAGUCAUAAUCAAGGACCCUUUUCCCUUUAUUGGCUUGCUUUCUUUAUAGCAUAUUCAUUCUCCAUUUAUAUUAAACAUGCACCAUGGCCUGGCGAGAAAGGAGAAAGAUUGAAUUCACUCGUACAGAGAGAAGGAGAGAAAAUGGAAGAACAGGUUGAAUCGGUGGGAAGAGCAUUUGUUAACCAUUACUACAACCUUUUCGACAAUGAUCGAUCUUCUCUCGCCAAUCUCUACCAGCCUAACUCCAUGCUUAGUUUCGAGGGUCAGAAGAUAUUAGGCGUUGAUGAUAUCUCCGAUAAGCUAAACAACUUGCCAUUUGACCAAUGCAAACAUGUGGUUAGCACAAUUGAUUCACAGCCCUCUUCUUUUGCCGGUGGGAUUGUGGUCUUUGUCAGUGGCAGCUUACAUCUGCUGGGAGAGGAUCACCCCCUAAGAUUUAGCCAGAUGUUUCACUUGAUUCCCUCUCCACAGGGAAGCCUCUUUGUGCAGAAUGACAUUUUUCGCCUCAACUAUGGUUAAAUUAUAGUAUAUUAUUUCCGAAAAAUUGAUGUAUUUAUCUCAUUGAUGAAGGGUAUUCUUGACAGAAUAAUCUAAUUUGUAUCAUCUUUCAAUGAUUUCUUGUAUUACAAUUUUACAAUUCGACA